UCUGCUGGCUCUCUCAUCAUGUUCAAUUGAUUGCGUUGCAAAAUGCUCUCUGUGGCUGCGCCGCCAGUUGCCGGCGGGUCCCUUCAUAUCAACAGGAAAAGGUCAGGACCCCAGCCGCCAGUGUGGGCGAGCUUGCAGGAGAUCGAGAGACUGAGGAUCGAUAAGGACGUGAGACAGAAACCCAGACGAAUGGUGCCAGAGAUUCCGGCAAUUCGAGUGGCCAAAAGGGUGGUUCUUGUGAGGCACGGGCAAAGCACUUGGAACGAGGAGGGACGGAUUCAGGGAAGCUCUGAUUUCGCUGUUCUGACGCCCAAGGGUGAGUCCCAGGCUGAGACUUCUCGUCAGAUGCUCCUCGGAGACUCGUUUGAUGUUUGCUUCACCAGUCCCCUUGCACGGUCGAAGAGAACGGCAGAGAUCAUUUGGGGCUCUCGGAUGGAGGAGAUGAUUCCGGAGCAUGAUCUUCGGGAGAUUGAUCUUUACUCUUUCCAAGGCCUUCUAAAGCACGAGGGAACAAAGUUUGGUGAUGCCUAUCGCCAAUGGCAGAUUAAUGCUGCUAACUUCACCAUUGAUGGCCAUUAUCCUGUGAGAGAGUUAUGGGACCGUGCAAGAGCUGCUGGAACAAAAAUUUUAGCACAUGAAGGCAAUUCAGUUCUUGUUGUUGCUCACAAUGCAGUUAACCAAGCUCUUGUUGCUGCUGCCAUAGGAUUGGGCACCGAGUACUUCAGGAUUCUGCUUCAAAGUAAUUGUGGAGUUAGUGUUGUAGACUUCAACCCACAACCAAGAGGCAACCCUCAUGUUUCUCUCAAUCGUUUAAAUCAGACUCCAAAUCCCCCUAUUGCCGCUGGAGGUUCUGGAGGAAGAAAAACCAGUAAACGUAUUGUUUUGGUUUGCCAUGGAGCCACACAGAGCAACAAUGAGGUUACUUUUCCAAAUAUGGGAUAUGAACCCAUGAACAUGCUUGGCGUCAUACAGCUCAGAAAAACUGCUGAGUUACUUCUUGACAUGAAGAUAGCUUGUAUACUCACCAGUUCACAAAUUGCUUCAGUAGACACAGCCGUGGCCAUAUCUGAGGUCCAAGAAGCAGCUGAUUGCUUAGGCGCCGACUGCAUUCCUCGUUAUGUAGAGAUGAAGAAAUUGCAAGACCUCGAAGUCGAACCAACUCUGCAGCAACCAUGCACACCAGAUUCUUGGGAUAGUCUCAAUAAAGCUACCGUUACAAAGUUGUGGAAUCAAUCAAAGAAAGCUUGGGGAGCCCUGCUGGAGGAAUUAUGUGCUGAUUCAGAACCUGAAAGAAAUGUAGUGGCUGUCGGUAACUCAACACUUCAUGUCGCACUUAUAUGCCAUUGUUUGAAUUUAACUACAGAAUGGUUGGGAGCUUUCCAUCUUGAUUCUGGGAGCAUCACUGUUAUAGACUUCCCGGAUGGGCCAGCCAGGCAAGCAGUCAUUCGAUGCAUUAACUACACUGCACAUCUGGGGAGGUGGUCUAUACCCAUUACGAGAUCCAUGGCAAGUGAUGAAGAAUUUUAGCUGUUGCUGCUAGUUCACUUUUGUUGCUCACUUUG